ACUCCAUUUCCCCUUUUUUUUUGGUCGCUAACCUUAAUUUUGCUGCUGAAAAGAAGAGAAGAAAAAUUGGAUUGGGAAAAAAUGGAAGGUUCUGUGGAUGAAACAGCCAAAGCUGUUUCUAAUUUAGCAAUGGCCGAAGAUAACUCUCAAUCGACUGAAAUGAGCAAGAAUGCUAAGAAGAAGGAACUUAAAAUGAAACAAAAGGAGGAAGAGAGACGUCGUAAGGAAGCCGAGAAAGCAGAGAAGGCUAAGCUGACUGCAGGCGAUACUCAAGGUCAGAAAUCUGCAGCAGCUGAUGAUGAAAAUAUCGACCCAACACAAUACUUUGAAAACCGGAUAGCUUAUCUGGCUGCCCAGAAGGCUGAGGAAAGAAACCCUUAUCCUCAUAAAUUCUUGGUUACCUUGUCAAUUGACAAAUACACAGAAAAGUAUGGUACUUUAAGCAACGGAGAGCAUCUUGAGGAUGUCUCUGAAUCUUUGGCUGGUCGUAUCAUGAAAAAACGGUCUUCCUCUGCAAAGCUAUUCUUUUAUGAUUUGCAUGGUGGUAGUGUUAAGGUCCAAGUCAUGGCUGAUUUGAGCAAAUCAGGCAUGGACGACACUGAGUUUUUUAAGUACCAUUCCAAUGUGAAGCGUGGUGAUAUUGUUGGUGUCACUGGCUUUCCAGGAAAAACUAAAAGAGGAGAGCUGAGCAUUUUUCCAACAUCCUUUGUGCUUUUAUCUCACUGUCUGCAUAUGAUGCCAAAGGAGAAGGCCAGUCCUAGUGGAGGCAAUGCCAAUACUUGGGUCCCAGGAUGUGCCAGGAAUCCUGAUGCAUAUACUUUAAAAGAUCAGGAAACUCGUUAUCGUCAACGCUAUCUAGAUCUAAUGUUGAAUCAGGAGGUUCGACAGAUAUUCAAGACAAGAUCAAGGAUCAUAACAUAUAUUAGAAGCUUUCUUGACAAUCUUGAUUUUUUAGAGGUUGAGACACCCAUGAUGAACAUGAUUGCUGGGGGAGCUGCUGCUCGCCCUUUUGUGACUCAUCACAAUGAACUGAACAUGAGGCUCUUUAUGCGCAUUGCUCCUGAGCUUUACCUUAAAGAGUUAGUUGUUGGUGGACUUGACCGUGUAUACGAGAUAGGAAAACAGUUUAGGAAUGAGGGUAUUGAUUUGACUCACAAUCCUGAAUUUACAACAUGUGAGUUUUAUAUGGCCUUUGCAGAUUACUAUGACUUGAUGGAACUAACUGAAAAAUUAUUGAGUGGAAUGGUGAAAGAGCUUACGGGUGGCUACAAGAUUAAAUAUCACGCUAAUGGGCUUGAAGAUAAUCCAAUUGAGAUUGACUUUACACCACCUUUUAGACGAAUUGACAUGAUAGAGGAGUUGGAAAAGAUGGCUAAUCUAAACAUACCAAAGGACCUUGCCAGUGAUGAAACUAAUAAGUAUCUUGCCUCUGCAUGUCAGAGGUUUGAGGUCAAGUGUCCUCCUCCACAAACAACUACCCGCCUGUUGGAUAAACUGGUUGGGCACUUUCUAGAGGAAACCUGCGUUAAUCCUACUUUUAUCAUCAAUCAUCCCGAGGUCAUGAGUCCUUUAGCAAAAUGGCAUAGAUCAAGACCAGGCUUGACUGAACGUUUUGAAUUGUUUGUAAACAAGCAUGAGCUUUGCAAUGCGUACACGGAGUUGAACGAUCCUGUUGUACAGCGUGAGCGAUUUGCUGAUCAACUCAAGGACAGGCAAUCAGGUGAUGAUGAAGCUAUGGCUUUUGAUGAAGCAUUUUGCACUGCUCUCGAGUAUGGAUUACCUCCAACUGGUGGCUGGGGGUUGGGCAUUGACAGACUGGCUAUGAUAUUAACCGAUUCACAGAAUAUCAAGGAGGUACUACUGUUCCCAGCUAUGAAGCCUCAAGAUGAACAUCCUACCAAAGCAACUUGAAGAGUUUUAAAGAUUCGGAGAUGAAUUUUAAUGAGUACUUUUGGCCGGGAGGUGGACAUAUUUAUCAAACUGCUGAUAUUAUCCAAUUUUAAUUCGUAUUUUUUGGGUAGAUCAUUUGACCUCUUAGUGAAUUAUUUGAAAUGUUAUACGGUAGUCGAUUAAUAUACAUCAGAUGCAUGUUUUUAUUA